AUGGAUCGAACUAAUCGACACUCUUUAAACUAUGACGAACAACCACCUUUCCAGCACAGUACCCACUCCAGGACACACCCAGGAGUAAGAUUUGGCUCUAGAGCUGGAGCAUCCACAUUGCCUAGCUUGCCAACAGCAGGCACCGGCUCAUCCUUCGAUAGCGAAACGCAUCUGGUAUCUGUGCCGCUGACUCCGCUUGGACAUGAGUUUCGUUUAGCGAGCAGGGAAGGGUCUCCUCAGAUAGACAGUCAAAAUGCAAAUGAUGCAGACGCCGACGAGCCGGAAGAGUCAUAUUUUGAAUUUGAUUUGGGUGGUGGUGCUGAUCAUGAAAUUACAACAAGCCCUGCCCGAGCCAUAGGUUCCGAGAAGUACAUAUCUACGUCUAGCUUGAACUUAGAUCAGCAGGGACCCUGGGAAAGCAGGAAUAGUAGAAGUAGGAGUGGAAGUGAUCUCCAUUCGCAAAUAUCUGCAAAGACCAGAACUGUACAAGACCAAGACACUGAAAGGUCUACGGUUGCUGAAGAACCCGAGCUGCCCCAAAUCAAACUCCGCGAUGUUGACGACGAUUUCUUCAGCCUGGGAUCCAACUGGAAGGCAAUGAAGACCAUUGCUGAAUUGGACUUUUACGACGAUAGAGGUGAGUUGGAAUAUACAUCUAACGGUUUGUUCGACGAAAAUGGGCUCAUACGUCAGCAGGGUGGAUCUCGAGGAUAUACAAAGAUUGAUACUGAAGAGCAAGUGGCCAAGUAUGCGGAGUUGGAUAAAAAGACCGAUUUCCUCUUCCAACGGACUAGUAACCAAACCCAAGUUUCGGCUGCCUACGGAAAGGAAGAUUUGGAUCAAGAGCAUCACAAAAGUAACAUCGGCGAUGAUGAACGCAUCGACGAGGACGACGAAACCAAAUACGACUCAUCGGAUUCUGAGUACGAGGAUGACGAUAACUUACAAUCUAAGGAACAGUUGGAGACAACUAAGAGCAUGCUUAGUGAUGCUCAAAAAUUUGCAUAUAUAGGCAUAGCGAAGUUGAUUGCGGUUGAAAUGGCAACUGAACUUGCAAUGCUUAAAUCAUCCACUUCAAGUCGAGUGGCCAAGAAUCUUAUGGCUGGACAAAAAAAUUUUGGUAACUGGAUGUCAUAUGUAACCUUGAAAUUAUUUGAGCAUCUUGAAUUGAGUAAAGAAGAACAAAGGAUGAUCGAAAAUUUGAGCGUACACGGAUUGGAAGUUAAUGAUUUAACCAGUAGUUUGAUAGGCGCCAAAGUGGACAUCACUGAAAGGCAAAGUAGGCGCAAGAAUAAGAAGGGCGUAGAACAGACAACAUCUGCAGAUUUAGUGUGGAUCCUUAUCUGUGAUCUAUUCUUGGUCUUGCUCAGUGAAGGUUACUAUGAUAGUAGAUCAAGAACCUUAGUUAUUCAAUUCGCAAACUAUUUGCAAGUUUCAAAUUUGGAAGUGUUUCAAUUUGAAAGAAGAUUAAUCGAUAGCUUAGAAUUAGAUGAAUCAACUGCAACGGAUAAGCUGUUUGAGAAUAAAGAAGAACUAUUGAAUGAUAGGACAUUUAUAGAUAAGCAUAUUAAAAAGAAUAAGAAGAGGAGAUACGCUUAUAUUGGGUUGGCCACCUUGGGAGGAGGACUCGCGAUUGGGCUUUCAGCUGGCUUAUUGGCUCCAGUGAUUGGUGCAGGAUUAGCUGCAGGGUUAACUACCGUUGGUAUUACCGGAACAGGUGGAUUUCUAGCAGGUGUGGGUGGCAGUGCAAUUAUUACCACUGGUGGGGCUCUUGCAGGUGUGCGAGUUGGUUCGAAAGCAAGUGCAAGGAGAUUAGGUGAUGUCCAUACAUUUGAAUUGAAACCAUUGCACAAUAACAAAAGAACCAAUUUAAUUCUUACCGUCAGUGGAUGGAUGAAUGGUGAACUAGAUGAUGUUAGAUUACCUUUCUCAACUGUUGAUCCAGUAAUGGGUGACAUGUUCUCAUUACUUUGGGAACCUGAGAUGUUGCAAAGUAUGGGACAGACUAUUAACAUUUUGGCAAGUGAGGCGUUAACAACUUCGAUUCAACAAAUUUUGGGAGCGACUGUAUUGACUGCCUUGAUGGCUGCCAUUCAGUUGCCCAUGGCUCUUUCCAAAUUAUCAUAUAUUUUGGAUAAUCCCUGGAAUGUUUCAUUAGAUAGGGCUUGGAAAGCGGGUAAAAUUCUUGCAGAUACCUUAAUUGCCGGAAACUGUGGUGUUAGACCAAUUACGUUGGUUGGAUUUUCACUUGGAGCAAGAUUAAUUUACUCGUGUUUGAUUGAAUUGGCAAAACGAGGUGGAUAUGGGUUGGUCGAAAACGUUAUAAUGUUAGGUAGUCCAAUCACUGUCAAGGUGGAUCAAAUGGCCACUGCAAGAUCAGUGGUAAGUGGCAAAUUCAUUAAUGGAUAUUCUAGAAAGGAUUGGAUCUUAGGAUAUUUGUUUAGAGCUACUGGUGGUGGGAUUCAAACUGUAGCUGGGUUACAAGAAAUUACCAAUGUGCAAGGAAUUGAGAAUGUUGACUGUACAGAUUUAGUGGAAGGGCAUAUGUCCUACAGAAAGGCUAUUCCUAAGAUUUUAAAGAAAUUAGAUUGGGAAGUUUUAGAUGAAGAGUUCGCAGAAAUUGAAGAACCAGAUCCUGAACAGGGAGAAAAGACGAGAAAAUUGAUUCAUGAAUUCGAUGAAGCUAGGGCCAAGAUGUUAGAAGAGCAACAAAAUGGUACGGCUCAAAAAGAAAAGAAGAACUGGAAGAAUUGGUUCAAAAAGGGGAAAAAGAAAGAAUGGUGGGAGGUUUAUGGUGAGUCCGAAGAAGCUAAGGCAAAGAAUAGUGAGGAACAACAAAAUAGAGACGAAGGCCAUAACCCUGGAGGAGAUGGCGAAUAUGAAGAGUACAAUGUGGAAGAAGACAGAUCUGCCAUGCCCAUAUUCGACUUGGAUGCCCUACAGCAAGAAGUUAAUGACAUUGCACAACUCGCUGACAAGGGUGAGGCCUCGUUGGAAAAUGUAAGGAAAGAAGUGGAUGAGAUCGGCCCUGCGCAGCAUGUUACCAAUGAAGAUCUAGAGGAAGAUCAACUGGAAGCUGUUGAAGGCUCGAUAAUGAAUAAGAUCAGUGGGUUAGGCAGUGCGUUGACUGAAAAGGUCAAGCUUGGAUCGACAACAGAAGAGAAGAAGAAGGAUGAUUUAUAG